CAAUGUGGUCAGGAGCAGCGGGUGGCCGUUGAGCACCAGCGGCACCAUGCUCGGUGUGGUGCACUUUCUUCGCAGCUUCUUCAAGACUCCAGAGCCAGAUGCACCUGCUCCAGGUGAGAGUGAAGAUAACCAACUCCACCCAAACCCCGCAGACCCAGAAGAGCAGGAAUGGUGCCAGGAAAUAGACCCUGAGGAUUUUGAGACACUGUCCCAUAAGAGUGAAAGUCGCUCAGACACAAAAACAGAACCCUUUGAGAGCGCUUCUGAUGCAGAGUCCCUGCCUGGGGAUCCCACAGGUGGAGUCUGCCUCUCUCCAGGUGGCCCCUCUGCAGACAGAGAAGCAGACUGGGGAUGCCCCGAUGACUCAGCAGUUAGACCUCCUCAGGGGCAGCAUUUGGCUUGUGUUGAUGGGCUCCACACAGGGGAAGAGUCGGAUUUACUCUCAGGCUUGAAGAAAGAUUAUCAUCAAAGUAAACUGCACACCUCAACGGCUACGGCUGCUGGAAAACGGGAUGAAGAAAUCCUCUGUGACUGUAGGGCCAGUUUGGUGCAGAAGCCCUCGCCAGUUGCUACGUCACAGAACGCCACCGACAGCGUCAGUCCCCGGCUGCAGAAGUCCAGGACAAAAGGCUAUCUGGACGUCCCCUUGGUCUGGCCCUGCUUUCUGCAACACUGUGAACUCGGUCAGAGCUGGCCACACAUCCACAGCAGGGCUGGGGCAGCUGAGCUACUUCACACAGGCCUGCAGGACACUGAGUUCCCUCUGUGGAUCAGGACAAAGAAGGGGCCUGCCUCCAGGCCCACAGUGGGUACAGACUUACUCUGGAUUCAUUCCUGCUUGGAUGUAGCCUGCCUACCACGACUGGGCGCACCUUGUCUUGUAGACACCAAAUGUCAUCAUAGUGUCCCAGAAAAUCUUGGUGACAAUGGCAAGACACCCCGAAGACGCCAACAUGUGAAGACUCUGGUUAGGGCUCAUUCUAUAGCAGCGUUUCCCUUGUGUUGCCUUAAGGAGCCUUUGAAGCGGAAAUGUGUGACAUUCAGGCCCUACCUGAGAGAAGGGACAGAAAUAGAACCCGGACUCCCAAUAAUUCAUAGCACCCUUUCCCCUGGGCCCACCCAGCUGUCUUAUUUCCUUCCCACUUCUCCAAGUAAGGCCCCUCCUUUGCCAGGUGAGUACAAGCCGAGUGACUGUAGCUUUAAAAGGCCAUCUCAAGACACACCCUGUGUAGGUCUCCCACAGGAAAACCCGGUAGAGCAGGCUUCUAGGUCAUGCCUAGACCCUUCCCACCUUACUUCAGAAUUGCUGAAGCUUGGCAGCCAAGAGGAAGUGCCUGGGCCAGCUGAAUGCCAGCCAGGACAUAGGCCAGAGUGCAGACUCGAGAAGCCCGAAGGUGUCCACCCUGAUGAUGCUAUCGGUAAACAAAGGUGCCUGCAAAACAUCCCUGCCAAGACAGGAAACCAGACCCAGACCUACUCAUCAAAGUACGUUCUCAAUGAGGAGAGAAAGCCGCCUGACAGAACGCCUCACUGCAGCGGCAGUGAGAUGGCCGUGGGUUCCUCAGAAGUGAGUGAUAGCGCCUACGCCCCAGAGAGCAUCCUGAGUUCAAGUGUAAUGCAUCCUUCAGAAGCAGCAGGUGAGGUAGCAGCUCUAGACCUCCAAUGCAGGGGAAAUGCCUUGCAGAGUCUUUCGGAUUUCCCAACAGUCGAACUGUCUUACUGCAGGCCUGGGAAUGAGUGUGCACAGGGGACUGGGGAUGCCAGGGAAACUUGCACUUCUGGCCAGCAGGUGUCCAAGGUACAUGGGGCCUCUAAACACAGCUGCAAACUCGUUAUGAUAGCAGUAAAGCAGGAACACAAACAGACCUCUACAAGGAAGGCCCGCUGUCGUCUAGACUCUCAGUCGGGUGAUUUCCCAGAGGAAAGACUGGAAUCUUCACAAGGCACGGGCACCAGGGCUUAUGCGUCUCCCAGGACCCCAGAAAUGCCAACGUGCCGCAGUGAGUGCCCUGCAGCAGGACCGGGUGAUGGGGAUCCUCAGCGGCUGGCCCAAGGCAUAGAACUUGUGAGAGCUCUGCUCCCUAGGGCUGCUUCGGAGGACACACUGAGCUCAGAAGACACACUGGAGGAGAAGCUUGGGGAAGCCUCGAGCCUGGGGUCUGAGUGUGUGCACUCAGACUUGGGCAUGCACCCCGAGGGGAACCAGGAAUCUCCCAGUCCAGAACUCAGACAAAGAGAGUGUGCCACAGAGGGUGCAGAGGUCAGAGAAGUCUCCAGUGUGUGGGCUGGGGAGGUAGAGGUCCUGCAUUCGGGAGUCCUGACUUCCGCCCACGUCACGACGCUGCAGAUCCAGCAACGGUGUGGCCGCCUUCAGCCGGAUGCACUGGAGUCAGAGCAGCGCUCUGCCGGUCUCCGGAUGACACCUUUAAGGACUGACAGGUCCUGGUCUGAGGAGAGCCCCGGAGGGGACAUACCAUGCAGCCAGGCCUUGACCUCAGAAGGUCUGAACCUGACUUGCCCCAGCUCUGAGGAAGGUGUGCCCCAGAGUCGGUGGUUUGCAGCCUGCCGGAUGGAGCCGCCUCUGCACCACGUGCACCAGAGCGUGUCUCUGGAGACCCAUUCUGUUGGUACACACCAAGAGCUUCAAGUGGGGACACCAGGGGACCUUGGUGGUGAAGGCCCUUCCCCAGAAGGCUGCAACAUCAAGAGACUGAAAACAACAGAGAGCAAGAUCAGAGCAAGGCUGGCCUUAGCCCAUAAGACCUUUACUAAUUUUUUUGAGGCCAAAGUUACAGAGAAAACGCAUGCUGGCUCUGUCAAAGGCGAGAAAGAGAAGCGCAGGCGAGGCCAGAGCUCCUGGCGCACGUUUCUGAGAAGCAAAGAUGUGGAAGGUUCCAAAAGGACCCCUUUAGUGAGUGGGGUUCCGGGUCCAGACUUUCCCGAACUCCUCCGCUCUUCCCCACCAGCAGCCAGAGGAAACCGUGAAGAGUGGACAGUUAGCACGGACAGCCAUGUGUGUGUGGAGUCUCGGACACCCCUACAGUCUCCUGCAACUCCACCCUCCAGCUGUCUAACGUCUCCAGAACACAGGAGGAAAAGUGAACCGACCAUAAAACGCACUGCUACCCAGGAGAGUAGUAGGUACUUUUCUUCUACCAUCUUCCCAGAGCCAUCCUGGCUGACUACCCCCACCAGCCCUGGAGCCCAGCACGCUGGCAUCGGUUGUACACUCCCCUGCAGCUCUGCCUGCCACUUGGCCUAUGGAAACCAAGGCAUGCCUUGCAGACCCACAAGCCCCAAGCCCACGAGUCCCAAGGCCGGGGCUCAGAGGGUAGAUCUCUGCCUUGGGGGCAGGACUAGUGCAGUCUCCAUGGUCUCUCUUAGAAGCUACAGGGACGCCAACAGAUGUUCAGAGGCCUCCGAACUGCCCAAGAGCAAGGCCAGAGCAAGCCUCUUACUCUCCCUGCAAACACUAACCCAGAAUGACCGGAAGGAAGACAGCACCGGCACAUGCCAGUGUCACCAUGGCCUGGGUACAGCAUCCUUCCUUAGGGACCUUCCUCGGAGUGAGAGCUACACUGUCCGGGAAAAACCUCCAGACAAGAAGGCCAGUUGUUCCUGUGAUCAGAAAACCUCUUACACAGCGCCUACUCCACAGCUGCUGCCUGCCACUGAGGUAGUGCCAUGGGCCCUACCUUCCAUCUCCACAGAGCAAGUCCCCAGAGAGGUCUCUUCAGAUCUCAGGAGGGCCCCGCGGCAUUCCCACUUCAGCUUGGAUGACCUAUGGAUAGAAAAGACUCAGAGGAGGAAGCUGGAGAAGCAGAAGCAGCUUAGAAGAAAGACGUGCACAGGAACAGUACACUUGGACCAAGUUCAGUGCUGGAGGAAGACAAUCACCACCUCUCCAGAGUCUCUGCACCUCCCUAGAAGAAGCCACCUGUUCUCCCAGAGUGCCCCGGUGGGACUGGACUGCACAGGCUGGCCAGAGCCCGUGCCAGAUACUGGGAUGCCCGACGGAACUCUGGACACUGUGUGCACAGACGAAACAGGCAGUGAAGAGGACCUGUACGAAGAGCUUCACAACUCCGGUCACCACUACAGCCACCCCAGAGGAGGCGGAGAGCAGCUGGCCAUCAAUGAGCUCAUCAGUGAUGGCAGUGUGGUGUGUGCUGAAGCCCUGUGGGACCAUGUUACCAUGGAUGACCAGGAACUGGGCUUCAAAGCUGGGGAUGUCGUCGAAGUGAUGGAUGCCACCAACAGAGAAUGGUGGUGGGGCCGCGUCGCAGAUGGCGAGGGGUGGUUCCCUGCCAGCUUUGUACGGCUGCGGGUGAACCAGGACGAGCCCGCGGACGACUAUGAGGCCCCGCGGGCCGGGGCUGGAGAGACCAAUGACAGCCUUCCAGAAGCCCAGAGCUGCAAGGACCAGAUGCGCACCAACGUCAUCAAUGAGAUCCUCAGCACUGAGAGGGACUACAUCAAGCACCUUCGGGACAUCUGUGAGGGCUACGUCCGCCAGUGCCGAAAGCGCGAGGAUAUGUUCAGUGAAGAGCAGCUGCGCACCAUCUUCGGGAACAUCGAAGACAUCUACCGCUGCCAGAAGGCGUUUGUGAAGGCUCUAGAGCAGAAGUUCAACACAGAGCGGCCACACCUGAGCGAGCUGGGUGCCUGCUUUCUGGAACACCAAGCAGACUUCCAGAUCUAUUCCGAAUACUGCAACAACCACCCCAAUGCCUGUGUGGAGCUCUCCCGGCUCACCAAGCUCAGCAAGUAUGUGUACUUCUUCGAGGCCUGCCGGCUGUUGCAAAGAAUGAUUGACAUUUCCCUGGACGGCUUUCUGCUCACCCCAGUGCAGAAGAUCUGCAAGUACCCCCUCCAGCUGGCGGAGCUGCUCAAGUACACACACCCCCAGCACAGGGACUUUAAGAACGUUGAAGCUGCCUUGCAUGCCAUGAAGAAUGUGGCCCAGCUCAUCAAUGAACGGAAACGGAGACUUGAAAACAUCGACAAGAUCGCCCAGUGGCAGAGCUCCAUAGAGGACUGGGAGGGGGAAGAUCUCCUGGUCAGGAGCUCGGAACUCAUCUACUCGGGGGAGCUGACCCGUGUUACACAGCCUCAAGCCAAGAGUCAGCAGAGAAUGUUUUUCCUCUUUGACCGUCAGCUCAUCUACUGUAAAAAGGACCUGCUCCGUCGGGACGUGCUAUACUACAAAGGUCGGCUGGACAUGGAUGACCUGGAGGUGGUGGAUGUGGAAGACGGGAAGGACCGAGACCUCCACGUGAGCGUCAAGAAUGCCUUCCGUCUGUACUGCGGUGCCACGGGGGACAGUCACUUACUGUGUGCCAGGAAGCCAGAACAGAAGCAACGCUGGCUGAAGGCCUUUGCCAGGGAGAGGGAGCAGGUGCGGCUGGACCAGGAGACAGGCUUCUCCAUCACUGAGCUGCAGAGGAAGCAGGCCAUGCUGAACGCCAGCAAGCAGCAGGCCACAGGGAAGCCUAAAGCUGUCGGCAGACCAGGAUACCUGACCCGCCACAAGCAUCCAUCCUUGCCUGCCAGCCGGCCCCAGCAGCAGGUGUUGGUGCUAGCUGAGCCCAGGCGGAAGCCAUCUAACUUCUGGCACAGCAUCAGCCGACUCGCCCCCUUCCGAAAGUGAGCCAGCACCUAUCAGACAACCUGACAGCACUUUGUGGACCCAGCCUUCCCUCAAGGCCUACGCCAUCAGGCCCUCUGCCUGUUUUGCAAACUGCAAGUGUGCAGGUACAGCAUCAGAGCUGUAUGAAGUCUGGGCCCUGCCUCUGGCCUCUUCCCCACUGCGAGUGCAGUGGUGCACGGGUACCAGCCUCUGCCUAUACUCUGGACCUGUGCAGGGCCUCCACCGAUGGUGAGCCUGCAAGCUACACCUCAGAACCACUGGCCAGGCUGUGCAAAUAAGGCUCAUCUGCGCUGGACGUUCUUUGGAAAGCUUAUCUCCACUCCUGUUUUCUCUGGGCAGGAGACCAAAGUCUGUGGCCAUGAGCCACCUGCAGAAGCAGGUGUGCACCCCUCCCCUCUGCUCUCUAUUUGUCCUUUCAGAACCCCAGCCCACUUGCAACUUCAGAGGUCAGGAACCAGGAAUUGUGCAAUCCUAACUCUACCCAUAGCUGUCCUUAUGCCUCCUGGCUCCUCUAGACCCUGCUGGCUGCCAGACACCCUUUGUGAUAUGUGCAAUGAAAACCGUACAGUUAACUGUGUACCUGGUUCCAGGUUAGUGACAGUCCCCUGUAGCUGGGGUGGCUGCACACAUACCCAGUCCCUGUUCAUUACGAUUUUGUCGUGUUGUUUCUCUAACAACAGAAUUGUUAAUGACACAGAAAGAUUGCCUUACCCUAGUGAGUGUGAGAAGCCAUAAGGACUGAAUUCUGUGGCCUAGCAUGGACUGACUCCUCGUGGGGCACACAGCCAGGCCUGCAUGUAGUGCAGAGCCCAUAGGAUUCAGAAGCAUGGUCAGUAACUCUUGCACUGUACGUUCUCUAAUCCAGAAACCACAUUUAAUUUCAUAAAGAAACUUAAGAAAACCUGGCUGCUGGUGAA